CGUCAACCUAAACUCUGUUUUGUCAAGCCAAAUACCGUGCCUCACUGUGAGGUUCCAAACUGUCAAGUGUCAAGGCUUUUUGGGUGGUUCAGAGUUCACCCUUUUGAAAUUGUUUAUGACUGGUUUUAUUUUGUUAAUGGCAUUUAAUCCCCAAGUCAUGAUUAUGUUUUGUGUACCUAAGCUUGACAUGGACAUAUGUACAUAUGUUUAUAUACUGGUUUGCUUUAUUCCAUGUAAGUCUGCACAGCUUAUUGGACGUUAUAUUUUAUUAAUUAUUGGCUUCCGCAGCCCCUAUUAUUGUAUUCUUGUUAAGCAGGCCUUUGGUAAUCUCAGAUUACUAGCCGGUCAUAAUGCUAAACCUAUAAAGGAGGGUUUGGGUCAUGGCAGAGUGGGAUCAGAGCACGAGUUUUAUCACACACAUGCGUCUAAAUGAGCUAUAGGAUGUCCUACAAAAGAAAUUAGGGCAUUAUAUCAACAUGUGUGGGUGUGUGUGGAAUUGUUAUGUGCAUACAUGAAAUGUGAAUAUGUGAAUUUUUGUAAACAUAUCUAAAAAUGAAAAUGAAAUCUAUGAGACCCAUUUUCCUAUGAUUAUUGUUACCUAUGUUUACAUAUGGACAAUGAAAAGAACAAGAAUUGUGUGCUCAAAUUGACCGACUAGAAAGUAUGAAUGGUGGAAGUUCUAACCAAGACAAUUGACGCAGAUUAUGUGCAAAAUGGUUAUGUGGGAAUUAGUGUGAGAAUUGAAUUUUAUAUGUUGAAUACUCUUGAGAGCUAGUGAUGAACUUCUGUUUUGGGAAUUUAUCGAAUUGAAUUUGCUGUGAGCUAUUAGUUAUGACACUAAUUUAGAAGAAUAGAUGGGAGUGAGACUACUUGUCACCAUAUUGUGUGCUUCUUUAAUGUGAAUUUCAUAUUGGUAUUGUGAUAACCAUGUUCCGUACUAUGCUAAUUGGUCCUUAUUAUGAAUGUGAUUAUGUGUUUGAUAUGAUUUUGUGUGCCAUUUAUGUGAAAAUAUGUAGUUUUGAAUUUCUAUCUGUUCACCGUACGAAUAUCUGUUUGAUUAUCUGCUUUGGAAAUUAAGUUGAAGGCCUUAUCGGCUACGAAACCCGAAAUUGAUUAAACCAUUGUGAUUAGCGUAAUUUUUAGAGCCUACGGUGAAAUUUAAUUGAAAAUUGAUUCGGAUCAAAAUAAUUAGAUUCAGAACGAUUAAUUAAGUGCCCAAUUAUUUAAUAUUGAUAACUUUGAUUAGUGGGACUUACAUAAAAGGGCACUAUGCACUCAACUUCUCUCUUCAUUUCAUUUUGGAUGAAAUCACUCUAAGGAGAGAGGGAGAGGCCAGCUUAGAGAGAGAGGAAGAGCUCAAAUUGAGAUUUUGAUCUUAAAGCUUGAAUAACUUGAAGACCAAUUCAAGAUUUGACCAUAAUUUGGGAAGAUUGAGCUUCUAGGUGAGUGAUUGAUUAUGAAUUCAUGGGUUUAAUGUUGUAAUUUUGUGAAUUCAAAGUUGAAUGGUAAUCAAGAACAAGGAUUGUGUUGUGUUUGAUGAAUUUGAAGUCAAUAGGUGCAUGUAUGAAAGAUAUUGCUAUGAAUUUCCAUGUUUGAGCAUAAUGUGUGUGAUCAAUGUUGGGUUUUGAUUAAAGUCCAUGUAUUUAAUCAUCUCUUCACCAACUAAAUUGAAAGCAUUGAGUAUAUCCCACAUGCAAGUACAAAUUAUGGAGGUGUAAGUCUUGAAUGUUUGAAUUUGGUAUGUUGGUGAUGAGUUUGGAACAAUUUGAGUCAUGCAUGUAAUUGAUCCAAGAAAUUGAGCUUCAUAAUGUUAUAAUUUGGUGUUUGUACCGUGUUAGUACAUGUAUAUGUGAAGUUUGAGCUAUUAUAUGCAAGACAUGCUAAUUUGAAUGCUGAAUUUGAGCUCAAGAACAUUGCUGAAAAACCCAGAAAUUUUGAUGUUCGCUCGAGCAGGAAAUACGGGCUCCCAGUAUUUUCUGUAGACAUGAUGUCCGCUCGAGCGGGGAAGUUCACG